GAAAAGAACCACUACUUCCUGUCCCCGAUCCAAACACAUGUACGUAUGCUAGCAGUUAGCUUUGGCGAAAAUACUUCUUAAGAGUGGCAAUAAGUGCCACUGAAGAUGGUUCACAUCACUAGGAUCUGCUUACGGAAGUAUGGAAACUUUGUUGACAAUCUGCGGCUGUACGUCCGUGGAGGCAGUGGAGGGAUGGGUUUACCCCGCCUUGGAGGACAAGGAGGGAACGGGGGAGAUGUUUGGGUGGUGGCGACGAAGAACAUGACCUUAAAAAGAAUAAAGGACAAAUUCCCACAAAAACGUUUUGUAGCGGACGCAGGAGCCAACAGCGGCGUUCGAGCUCUGAAAGGAGAAAGAGGGGCAGACAAGGAGAUCCUUGCUCCUGUCGGUAUCACCGUCACCACUGAUGAGGGCAGAACAUUCGGUGACUUGAACGUGGAGGGCGAUCGUGUGAUGGUGGCAAAAGGAGGAUCAGGAGGCUCGCUGUACUCUGCGUUUCAGCCCAGUAAAGGCGAGGCUAAACACAUCAGACUGGACCUCAAGCUUAUAGCAGACAUGGGCCUUGUGGGGUUCCCGAAUGCAGGAAAGUCCUCUCUGCUGACAGCCUUGUCUAACGCCACACCUCAGAUUGCCAGCUAUGCUUUCACAACCUUGAAACCAGAGAUUGGCAAACUGAUAUAUGACGAUUAUAAGCAGAUUUCUGUUGCUGAUCUCCCUGGCUUGAUUGAGGGGGCUCACAUGAACAAAGGCAUGGGCCACAAAUUUCUGAAACACGUGGAGAGGACCAAGCAGCUGUUAUUUGUGGUCGAUGUUUGUGGUUUUCAGCUGGCAAGUAAAACACCGUUUAGGUCAGCCUUCGAGGCUGUGCAGCUUCUAACCAAGGAGUUGGAGUUGUAUAAAGAGGAGCUGUUGUCAAAGCCUGCAUUACUGGUGGUGAAUAAGAUGGACCUGCCUGAUGCUGAGGACAAGCUCGCAGAGCUGAAGGAGCAACUACAAAACCCAGAAGAGUUCUCUGAUCUGCUGCCUGAAGAUAUGAUACCACAGAACUAUUUGACCUUCAGACACGUGGUUCCCGUUUCUGCAAUCACCGGGUUUGGCAUCAGCCACCUGAAGAGCUGCAUUCGACAGUCCCUCGAUGAAGACGCAGCCUUGGAAGUUAAAGCCACUCAUCGAGAAAAGCUGCAAGCACUGAGGAAGCAGUUACAAGGACGUUUGUGAGUAACGUAGACGACAUCAAGCAUCAUCACGCAGGACUUUGCAGAUAAACAUCCUCUACCACGAAGCUCCUGGGAGAGCAAAACCACUUCAAUUUAUAGAAGUGAUGGAGGUCUCUGCUUGGAGAUGAUCAAAUUCUCACUGACUGAUGCAAGCUCCAUCUUUAUUUAUUUAAAAGUGAUGUGUUGUAUAAGACUGAUAAAACUUUCUGAAUAUCAUAGAAAUUCACAGGAUGUUGCAUAAAAGGAUUAUAGUCAAGAUGACUACAGUAAAUGAUAAAUACAAUAUAUUCAGUUUCACCCAGUUUCUCACUACGAUUUAAAGUGUUUUUAUUAUUAUUGAUUUAUGUUUUGUGCAUACUCAGCUGUAUCGUCUGUUUAACUUUAAACGGGGGAAUAAUCUGAUUUAAUUUGCAACCAAGCAGGAACCUCAGUAAUGACCAAUUGAGGCUGGCUCCAGGAGUGAGUCAGUCCUCACAGACUCCUAUGUUAAAACGCUCAACAGCAGUAAAACAUCCUGAUACAAAAAUGGGUUUUGUCCUCAUUGUUUCCCCCCUUCAAAGCAAUUCCAGUGAGGGUGAAUCUUUGCUGUAACUAAACAGUUUGAAUGCUGGUAAGAACUAAAGGUAAGAGUUUGGUUGCUUUGCUUGGCAGGUGUACCGACACAGGUAACCAGUUGCUUUCCACUUGACCUCAUUUGUGCUAAUUUGAGUGACUGAACUGGAUCUCCUGACUGUUUUUCAAUCAGUCCUAUGGUUUGCUGUGAGGUACAGCCUGGGCUAAGGGUUCACUCAACUUUUUGACAGGGGGAAAUUUUAGUUUUUAUAAGUAUGUAAGUUAAAAUUAGCAAAUAAACUUGAAGCAAAUUUG